AUGUCACGAAAAAACAUCGAAGAAGUGUGUGGUUAUUUAGAUGAAUCGUUCGAAUCUGACUCUGACAGCUUAUCAUUCGUAGACGACUCAGAUAUCGAUCCCGACUACAGGUUUCCGAGUAACAAUAAAAAUGUGUUACCAGCACCAUCUGGUUCUAAUGCAGAAAUCCAGGAUGAAUCAAGUGGUGAAGAGUCAUUUGAGGUAAGCUCUAGUGACAGUUAUAAUAGUAUACCUGAAAAUGAUAAUGAUCAAUGGGUCGAGRACUGGRUAGACAUUCCAGAUUUCCAAUUCGAUAGUAAUGCUUCUGGAAUAAAACUCGAUAUUCCCGAUCACGUUAAAGAUAACCCUUUACACAUUUUUGAAAUGUUAUGGACUAAAGAAAUAACAAAUAUGAUAGUUUUAUCUACGAACAACUAUKGUAUAAAAUUGACCAGUCAAACAAGACCACAUAAAAAAUAUGCUCGUAAUACGGAAUUCAAUAAAGUAGAUUUCGACGAAAUGUAUAAAUUUUUUGGGAUUUGUUUGCUGGCUGGUUCUGUAMAAUUUGAUGUAAUCAGGGAUAUGUUUUCCAACAACCCUCUAUAUUAUCAUCCUAUAAUAUCAAAAACAAUGUCGGGUAGGCGUUUUGAUAAACUCUUGAGGUGCUUUAGUGUAGAAUAUUGUGAUCAAUCAAUAGAAAAGGAUGAAAGCGGACCGUUAAAAAAAAUUCAACCUCUUUUUGAUAGUCUUUUAAAUAAUUUUAGACAAGCAUACACUCCUUAUGAAGCUCUAUCAUUAGACGAAUCUCUUCUUCUUCACCGUGGAAGACUCAUGUUUAGACAGUACAUGCGAUUAAAAAAAGCGAGGUAUGGAAUAAAGUUUUUUGAGCUUUGCUCACCUGGUGGAUUUGUACUUAAUAUGGAAAUGUAUAAGGGAAAGAGAGAUGAAAAUCUAACUGGACCUACUUCAAAAAUUAAUACUUUAGUGUUUCGUCUUUUAGAACCUUUUAUUGACAAGGGCCAUACUAUUUUUAUGGACAAUUAUUAUAACAGUGUAUGUCUAUCAAAUCAACUUUUACUAAGAAAAACACAUACCACUGGAACUUUACGUAGUAACCACAAAGAUAAUCCUAAGUGUGUACUGACWAAAAAAUUGAAGACUGGAGAAUACAUAUGGCGUCGCAAAGGAACGUAUAUGUUAGCAAAUGGAAAGAUAAACGCGAUGUACUUGCARUAA